CUCAAUGUGAUAAUGGAAUGCAAGUCAGAUACUUCUUUCCUACCUACAACAACAUCUCAAUUUAGGUACCUUAGUUUCCAUCUGAUUGUUUGCCCCUUCCCAAAGUUUCGUGGAACUCGUACUCGACCGUUCGCAAUUUCGACGUUUGGCCUUGAGAAACCGUGCCAUUACCGAUCGUCAUGGGCCAGAAUGAGGACCUAAAGGCGAAUCCGCCGUGCCAUCCUCGUGCUUGCGCUAUUCAGGAUUGCUUAACCAAAAAUGGGUACAAGGAGGAGAAGUGCCAGUCGGUGAUUUUGGCCUUGUACGAAUGUUGCGAUGCCUUUUACCAGUCAAAAGGAGACAACGCUACGUCGGCGAGCUGUCCCAAGCCAGAUCUGCUUCGACUGAAGCUGUCGAUAUUACGUGAGGAGUCGCGCGAGACCGUUUCCCAAAAGUAGCCAUAGGGAUGCUGAAAUGUACACUCUUCCGUAGAUAUACGUUAACCCGAGUAGAGAAAUCUGGCAACAUUCAAGAAAGAGAGAAUUCUUCUAGGCAUUCGUUGAGCGCGCUAAGAGACCCCGUAGGAUCUGAACAAGCAUUGAGUGCUUAUUCCGAGACUCUAAUACAAAAGCCUUGACAUUGAAGAAGAAAAAGAGAGAGAAAAUUAGAAGAAAAUUUCCAACUGUGUGUGUUGAUAAAGGAUGCCAAAGCGGGUCUAUACUGUUUUUAUACAUCCAUUUACAC